AUGUCUCGCCUUCUUUCCGUGGCCACAGCCUUUGGCUUCCUCGGCCGCAGCGCUUUGGCCGAUACCCAGCUGACUGCUGGCUGCCAAUCUUUUGGCAUGGACUUCCAAGGAGGCGGAAUAUACUUUCAGAAUAACGCCUCCACCGAUCCCUUCACCUUUGUCCAGGAGUUCGAAGGCUGCCAAGCUGAUAACUCCACCAACAUCCUGGUUGAUCCCAGUGGCGACCAGUACACCUGCACCAGCACGCCGAUGCAGCCAGACGAUACAGACGAGUUGUCAACAUGCCCCAUAUUGAAGGACGAACUCGUGUCCGGCGCUUGGUCCCUCCUGAUUCUCAGCAACAACGGAGACGAUGGCGCUCCCAUCGCCUUCGAGAGAGACUUUUCACUCACCGUAGGCGUCCAAUCGACUGUGACGGUGACGCCAACCAUCACGUCAACCACGGUCCUCGUGCCAACAACCAACGUCUCCUCGACUGUCACUAGCACUAGUACCACGACACUCCCGCGCAAGACUGUCACGGUGGCCAGCACGACCAUCCAAAAGACCGUAACCAUCACUCCUUCGCCAGUUGUGGCCACCAAGACCAACAUCCUCAACACGAUAACCGUCUCCAAGUUCGUCCCCUCGGUCACCAAGGUUGUGAAGACCGUGACUGCAUCCUGCCGCCUGCCGUCCCGCCAGCCAACUCCCGAUCCGUUCGUCAAGAUCAUGCCCAAGAUGGCUGCUGCCCAGUCCAUCGUCAAGUCCGCUGCCUCUGCUGCAAAGAGUCCUCUCCCCAGUGCCAAGACCCCCUCUGGAUCAAAGUUCCGUUACGCGCGUGACCCGCUCUUCGAUCUCAACCACAACCGCGAGCAGUGGCUUCAGGCACGUUCGGAGCGCCUGCGUGGCAUUUCUGGCCUUGGCAGGCGAGCUCCGGAUGCCCAGCCCUUGACCGUCACCGACCAGAACACUUCCGACUUCAUCACCGUCACUUCCACCUCCACGACCUCUGCUGUAACCAGCACCCUCCUGGCCACUGCUACCAUCACCAGUACCGUCACCCCGGCUCCCGCCACCGUCGUGAAUGGCAAGACCUACCUGCCACCGUCGACCGUCACCCUGGCUACGCCUACCAGCACCCGCACUUAUUACACCGUUGCCCGUGCCACCUCCACGAAGACUCAGGUCAUUCCCGUCACUAUCACCACGACCGUCUACCCUGCCGCUUCCUCGUCCGCUUGCCGCGCGCAUGGAGGUGUUUAUGUCUAG